UACUAUUUUAUUCGCUUUUUUGUGCUUUUUAUUACAACAUUAUUGCUUUUUCCUUCAUCUCAUCGGUGUAUAUUCCGUGUGCUUCCGCGUACAGAAGCUACGAGCAGUUAACUUCUUCCGCAAACAAAUUUCAGUUUGAUCGUCUGUUACUCGAUGUUGCCAAAUCAAAUCGAAUAUAUAUCUGUAUAAAAAAAAAACACUUUUAAGGAUACAUUCAUUAUUUACUGUAGAAAAAUAUAGGCUUCAAGAGGUAACAAUGAGUGUUUUUGAACGGCUAAAAGCUGGCUGUCUUAAGAGAAAGGAGUUAUUUGAAGAUUCUGAAUUUCCAGCAGUACAGACAUCUGUUUUUUAUCAUCAAACGGCACCUUUCCAGUUUGUCUGGAAAAGACCAAAGGAAAUUUGUUCCGAUCCACUUUUUGUUGAUGAUGCCCCAGACAAAUUACCUCUGAUAUCAGGAAAACUAGGUGAUCCUUGGUUCUUAUCUUGUGUGGGAUGCUUAGGAAGUACUCGGGGUCUUUUCUAUAGAGUUGUGCCAGCAGAUCAAAAUUUCUCAACUGCCUCAGAGUAUAUAGGUAUAUUUCGUUUUCGCAUUUGGUGGUGCGGCGAAUGGAAAGAAGUUGUUGUAGAUGACAGAUUACCGACUGUUGCCAACAAAUUGAUCUUUGUGCAUAGUCCGGCAAGAAACACGUUCUGGCCUUGCCUUCUUGAAAAAGCAUAUGCCAAAUUACAUGGGUCUUAUGAAGCUCUGAAAUAUGGAACUUCACUUGAUUGCUUGGCUGAUCUGACAGGGGGGAUUACUGAAAGUCUACCUGUUUCCUAUGAAUCUUCAACAUGUGCCAAAAUGAUAAACAGAUUACUCAAAAUGACAAAUAUUGUUACUGCAGUGAUACAGAGACAGAUACAAGGCAGACAUAAUAUUGAAAAACUUGCUAAUGGAAUUUUAGUUGGCAUUAAUUACAGAGUAAUGGAAAUACAAAAGGUUCAAACAAAAGAUUUUGAAGAUGUUAUAUUGAUCUGGUUAAAGUGUCCCAUGUAUACAGACAGUCACUAUAAUGGAUACUACAACAACACUUUUCAAGAUCUGAUAGAAAAUAUUCCGAGUAGAAAUGAUCAAUUUUGCAUGCCUUUAGAGGAGUUUAUGACGAUCUUCACUGCUCUGGAAGUGGUCCAUUUGGAUGCUGACACGAGUAAAGCAGAAUCCACUCUUAAGCACAGAGAUCCAUGGCACAUUAAGUUGUGGCACGGUCACUGGCAGAAAGGUGUUAAUGCUGGAGGAUGUAGAAACCAUUCUGAUACAUUCCACGUAAACCCACAGAUGCAGAUAAUCGUUGGUGAAGCUCAAGACCUAGUCAUAUGUUUAUCACAGCAUAUUGUCAUGGAACCAAGGGUUAUUGGUUUCAGCGUUUACCAGAUGUCCAAGCCCACAUCAGAUGUGUUAGGAAAAUCUUUCUUCAAAGUGAAUAGAUCUGUACUGAACUCUCCUUACAGCAAUAGUCGCCAAUUGUCUGUGCGAUGCCAUUUAGAACAAGGGUGUUAUGUUCUUUUGCCAACAACAUUCGAACCAUGCCAAGAAGCUAAUUAUACUUUAAGAGUGUUAUCAGCUAAACCAAUUCGAAUGAAACUACUGGACUUUCAGCCAAGUUCAAUGAAACCAGCCAUAAUUCAAGCUCCUACCACAAACGAGAAAGUUAGUUCAUAUGAAGCAGUGUUUCUACGCUUAGCUGAUGAACACAAGACCAUUUCAGCAUUUGAGCUUCUGGAAUUGCUAGAGACAUGCCUACCAAAUGAUUACGUAAAAAGUUGUGCCACCCUAGAAGUUUGCAGACAGAUAAUUCUAGCACUUGAUAAAAGUGGGAGUGGAAGGUUGAAAUACCAAGAUUACAAAAAUUUGAUGUGCAGUCUAAAAUUAUGGCAGACAAUAUUUCGAAGUCACAGUAGGGGAUCUUCAGGUAUACUUCGAGCUGAAAAAUUACGAGGAGCUUUAAUGGAUGUUGGUUUCCAAGUAAACAUUGAUGCUUUAUCUUUGCUAGUGCUAAGAUACAUGAGAAAAGAUGGAACAUUGAGGUUUGGAGAUUUUGUUUUAUGCAUUUUACAUCUCAUGGUAGCAUUCGGCACUUUUGAAAAGAAAGAUCUUCUUCAGAAUGGAUUUGUCAAAACAACAUUGUCUGAAUGGUUACAAGCAUCCCUGCAAUGCUGAUAUAUGGCGAUACAAGCAAGCCAACUUCAUCCACUAAACAUCACUAUUUAUAUUUCAUGUAUCAUCAAAAAGAAAAGUACAAUAAAAAUCUUAUGUUAAUAAAAAGCAAA